GGUGUUCAGCGAAACGGUCUCCCAGUCUGCAUCAGAUACUCUGGAUUUGUAUUUAUCCACCGUUUAAAGCCCCAGUUGGCGUGUUCCUUCCCGUCCUGAACAAACUGAGACAAGCCCUUCUCUCGGUCAUUGAUUUUCAGCCUUAUUUGUGUCUUCCCGAUCCCUCCGUCACUCAAGAUUAACUGGAAGAGACCAGGACACCUUACCAUUGAACAUCAGCAGAAUGUUCAUUCCCUGAAUUUGCAGCGCUUGUGGUGGGCAAUCGUGGUACUGCAGGGGUUCAACAGUUUCUCGAGAGUACAGUAAAAGCAUUUUGAACCAGGAAGUACGUACCGGGAGCUAAUAUGGCUUCGAAAGGACAGGACGAGAAUUUAACCGAGGAGGUAAUUUGUCCCAUCUGCCUGGAUUUCUUUAUCGAUCCGGUUAUACUGGAGUGUGGACACAAUUUCUGCCGCUCCUGUAUCACACGCUUUUGGGAAAGGGAGGAGAGAAACUCCUGUCCGGAAUGUAGAGCGCAGUUUGCAGACCGCACCCUCAGGUCCAGUCGACUCUUAGCAAGACUGGCUGAAAAAGCUCGAAAACUGCACCUGAAGCCGAAAGAGAAUGAAAUUAAACGUCACUGCGAGGAACAUGAGGAAGAAAUGAAGCUGUUUUGUGAAACAGACAAGAAAAUGAUCUGCGUGAUUUGUAAGUGUGCCCAGGAGCACAGAGGGCACCGCUUUCUGUCGAUUAAAGAAGCUGUUGAAAUCUACAAGGACCAGGUUAAAUCUUCUAUAGAAUCCCUCACAAAAAAGAAAUCAGACUUUCAGCAAAUGGAGAAGCAACAGAUUCAGAAGAUUUCCGGAGUUCGGGAACAGUCUCGCCAUGUUCAGUCCCACAUCACAGCCCAUUUUGUUGAACUGCACCAGAUUCUUGCUGAGAAAAAGCAACACUUUCUCCGAGAUCUCAGGGAAGAAGAGGAGAGGAUUCUAAAUCCAAUGGAGAAAAAUCUUCGUGAGAUUCAAGAGAAUUUAAAUUCUAUUCAGGAGGAGAUUUCAACAUUACGAGCACGGAUGAAUCUAACAGACAGUGUGAGGUUUCUCAAGGAAGAAGUUCAUCAGAAGAGAAGCGUAAGCGAUGAAACCCCAAUGUUGUCGGUGACAGACGGUGCCCUGACGUUGGAGAAAUUCAAUAAUCUCUUUUCGCUAGAAACAUUGUUGAAAGAAACUUAUAUUGCCAUUAAGCAAGUCUCUGUGACCCUGGAUGUGGAAACAGCAGGUCCGGGGCUCGUGGUGUCAGAAGACCGGAAGAAAGUGAAAUGGACCAGGUCCACGCCAGAUCUUCCUGACACCGGGAAGAGAUUUACAGUCGGUGAUUAUGUGCUGGGAUCAGAGGGAUUCACAUCGGGAAGACAUUACUGGGAGGUGGAUGUGGCGGGAAAUCGGCGCUGGAGGCUGGGAGUCGCCGCGGAGUCUGUGGAGAGGAAGAGAGGGGUUAAACUGAAAACAGACAAUGGAUUCUGGACCAUCUGGCGUCAGAAUGAUGAGAUUAAUGUGAACACCUCCCCUCCAUCCUGUCUUACUGCCAGUUCCAUCCCUGGGAGGGUGGGUAUUUAUCUCAGUUAUGAGUCUGGGAGAGUUUCAUUUUACAACGCGGAGAACAGAUCCCAUCUCCACACCUUCACUGGGAAUAAGUUCACGGGAAAACUUUAUCCUUUCUUUGGAACUGUGGAUGAAAACGAAUGGGUCAGAAUCUGCUCUGUGCCCCUGCAGAUCUGUACACGGGAGGGGUCUGGGCAUCGGCGUCAGAUGCCAGGCUCAGGUUCUGUGAAAAACCUCGCUGUCACCAGAUUGGUGCUGAAAGGGUCCCUUUUAAUUCCCAAAUUCCGCACUGUGGUCAUCCAGUGAGCCUGGAAAUGGAAUGCCUGUAGAGAUAUAAAUGUUGACUUUAGUAUUUUGGUUGAUUGUCUGUCCUUUUGGGUGUGGUCUUACAUUGAAAGUAUUAUGCUUCUUGGAUUUUCUGACCAUGUCAGGGUUACAUAUGGUGACAUAUAUUUAUUUUGAUCUUGAAUUGGAAUUUACAAGACAUGUCAUUCAGGGAUUUGGGUUUUAUAUAUAUAUACAGAUUAACAAUGGGACUCUAUGUGUACUGGCAUCCUAAAUGUGCCUUGUGCUCUGUAUGACUGUUGGUAUUGUGUUUUGCCCUGCAGGAAAACUCUUUUGCUUGGCUGUAUUCAUGAGUAUUCUUGUAAGAUUGGAUGAUAAAUAAACAUGAACUUGAACUUUCAG